AUGGACUCCAAAUAUGGCGACCUGAGACGGAACCGCAACACCGUCCAGCACGUUGAGAGACUACGACAACAACAGGUCGUUCUGGACCGGCUCUUGGACCUGAUCCGGACUUCGGAUGCUGACGAGGCGAUUCGAGCGGUCCGAGAAGGUGCCACCUUCGAAGAAAUUGCCAGUGUCCUUCUGGGAACCGGAACCCCGCCAGAGGCUCCUUCGUCCCAGACAGCGGAGCCUUCUUCGAGCGCUGCCUCCGCGGAGCAGUCGUCGUCCACCCAAGCGACAUCAGACAAGUCCGACAGCCCUUCAGCAGAUCUUUCGAGGUCCACCAGGUCUGGGAAGGAGCCCGCCAAGGCUGCGGAGCAUGUCGCUGGAGUUUGCCCAGAGACGCCCGGACAAAGCACAUGGGAUCCACCGCUUGAGUUGAGCGAGACAGCCAUAGUUCCUUCUCUCGUUGAGCAUCUACCCCCCUCAGGUGGCACCGUGCAGGGCCAGCGCACGUCCGGAGACCGAGUUUGGACUCGACUGGAGAAACGUCUGUCGGCCUCGGAUCUGAACAAGAUCAACAUGCCGGUCUUUAGUUGCGAUCCGUAUCACAUUGAGUCGGAUGACAUGUUGUCAAAGACAAUAUUGACUUUCCGCGAUGGAGCCCGGAAAGCGUUGCAGGGCAAUGCAAAUGUCGCAGACCUCAUCGGGUCGAAGAAACCAGACCUCGAGUUGUUCCUGCGGGACCGACGGGAAGGAGACCCCCAUACUGCUUGGACCUGGGCCUGCGAGCUAGCGAAAGCGUAUCCUUUGCCGCUGACAGUGCAAUUGACCGGGAUUUUUGUUGCCGGGAUUCAAAUGCGGUAUUUUAUUCAUCCGUGCAAGGAAACAUAUGAUGACUUGCCUGUUAUGCUGAGACCCACGAAGCAGCAAUAUGCUCGACCACAUGCUGCUGGGGCAGACAUUUGUGCCAUACCACCUGUCAAGCAGUAUCUUCUGUCUCACUGGGACUCGUACGCAUCGCUGUUAGAAGCCGGUCAGUACCACAAUUGGUCGUAUAGUAACGAAGCGUGUCUCGGGUGGGAUCGGACAAGAAACCGACCAACCCUGUCGACCGCUUUCCUGGAACAUAUCUCGAAUCCCAAGAACCACUCUGUCGGAGCCAAGAUCCUGGAGCUCGUGCCAGAAGCGGCGGCGUACGUUAAUUGGGAAGAGGGCUCUACACGCCCUGGGGGGACAUGA